AUGGCCAUCCAAAGAGUCUACAGGAUCGGUGUAGACGUCGGCGGCACUAACACUGACUGUGUGAUUCUUCACCCCGGCGAAGCUGACCAGCCUGAUCGUGGCAUUCGCACCGCCUUCAAGACCCCAACGACCCCCAACGUGACCGAAGGCAUUGCCAAAGCCGUCCAGGGAGCCAUCUCGCAAUGCGGCAUUUCGCUGGCCGCCGUGUCGGCCGUCAUGAUUGGCACCACGCACUUUAUCAACGCCGUCGUGCAAGCCGAUGACCGGAACUUGAGAAAGGUGGCCGUCUUCCGAGUGUGCGGCCCUUACACGCAGGAAAACCCGGCGUUUAUGGAUUUCCCUCCCAUCCUGGCGCGCAUCAUGAAUGGCCAUGUCGCGUAUUUGGACGGAGGUCUAGAAUUCGACACGCGCGAGAUCAUGCCUCUGGACGAAGCGCAGAUCCGUCGCGAGUGCCAGGCUGUGAAAGCGAAGGGCAUCACGGACGUAGCUGUGGUCGGCGUCUUCUCGCCGCUGGAUCUCGCCGGCAAACAGGAAGCCAGAGUGAAGCAGAUCAUCUUGGAAGAGAUUCCGGGGGCAGACGUGGUCUUGUCUCGAGAAAUCGGACAACUCGGAUAUCUCGAGCGCGAAAACGCUACCAUCCUCAACACGUCCAUCCUCAAGUUUGCGCGGAAAACCAUCCGGGGCUUCAAGCGGGCCAUGCGGUCCCUCGGCCUAUCGUGUCCCCUGUACCUCACGCAGAACGACGGUACCAUCAUCGACGCCGACUCGGCCGAAAAGUGUCCCAUCAAGACCUUUUCCAGUGGACCGACGAACUCCAUGUCCGGUGCUGCGUACCUGGCGGGACUGGACACCGCCAAAGGACGCAUUCCAAAUGCUCAAGUGAUUGUCGCUGAUGUGGGCGGGACGACUACUGAUGUCUGCGCACUUCUACCAUCUGGCUUUCCUCGUCAAGCAGGCACAUGGGUCGAGAUUGGAGGCGUCCGCAGCGCCUUUCCUAUGCCCGAAGUUCUCUCCAUCGCACUGGGCGGUGGCACUAAGGUGGAGGAGAGAGAUGGAAAGGUCGCCGUAGGACCGGAAUCCGUCGGUCACAGGCUCAUCACUGAAGCGUUGGUCUUUGGUGGCAACACACUCACCACCACCGACGUCGUGGUUGCCAGCGGUCACGCAGACAUUGGCGAUGUGUCCAAAGUCAAGGAUGUCCCCAAAGAGUUGAUUACAAAAGCAAGAUAUCAGAUGAAGCGGCUGCUGGAGAACGCCGUCGACGCCAUGAAGUUGAGUGCUGAUGAUGCUGUGCUGAUCCUGGUCGGCGGAGGCAGCAUUGUGCACAUGGACGACCUGGAAGGAGUGGGCCAGAUCAUUCGGCCACCAUUCCACGACUGUGCCAAUGCCGUCGGAGCGGCCAUUGCCAAAAUCUCGGGUCAGGUCGACGUCGUCAAGGUGCUCGAAGGCCUCGACGAGGACAAGGUGGUUGAAGAAGUGUGUGCUGAGGCGAAGAAGAUUGCCAUUGAUGCCGGAGCGGAUCCCGAGUCUAUCAAAAUCGUCACCAUCGAAAACAUGCCUCUACAGUAUGUUCAAAUGCGAGCGACGAGACUUAUCAUCAGAGCUGCUGGUGUCUUGAGCCAACAAGCUCUCUUACAUCACACGCCGUCUGAAAGCACCGAAGAGCUUGACGAAAGUAGCGAAACUCCGGACGUGGUGUCCAAGACUUUGAAUUCGGAAAAGGAUCCUCGAGACUUCCUCGUCAGCCCGUCGGCGUCGGUGGACAUCCGUGACUAUAAGCCAGAAGUGGACAAGAACGGCACCUGGUGGGUCUCAGAGAUCGACUGCGAGUUCCUGGCGACGGGCUGCAGUAUUCUGGCCUGUGGAGGAGGCGGCCCGGGGUACAUGUGCUACAUGGCAGCAAGGGCGGCGAUCAAGGCCGGGCACCGUCUCCCCAUUGUCGACAUCGAGACGUUGCCCGAGGACGGAUAUGUUCUGGGCAGCAUUUCCUACGGUGCCCCGACGGUGACGCUCGAACGCAUCCCGAGUGGCACCGAGUCAGUCGAUGCGACGGAUGCGCUACUUUCGUGCCAUCCCGGCGUCAAGAUGGCCGCUCAGAUCGCGAUUGAGAUCGGCGGUAUGAACGGUAUCCGCCCACUGCUGGUGGGCAAGGACUACAACGUCCCGACCAUCGACGGCGACUACAUGGGCCGAGCAUACCCGCGGCUGUACAUCAUGACUCCGUACCUUUUCGGCAUCGCCCUUACGCCGUGCACGCAGGCCGACGGCAACGGCAACGUGGUGACGGUGCACAAGGCGGCGGACUUCCGCAAACUCGAAAAGAUCCACCGCAAGGCAGGCCACGAACUGGGGCUGUUCAGCCAGAUGGUCAUUCCUCCCAUGACCAUCAAAGACGUCAAACGGGUCGGCACUCUCGGAACCACUUCUCUGGCAUGGUACAUUGGUCGUGCCGUGUACCUGGCCCGGCAGGAGAAGACGGACAUCAUGAAAGCCAUUGUAACGAAUCCAUCAGGCCGCGUCUUAUACACGGGCAAGAUCGUGUCGGUGCACCGCUACAUCUCGGCGGCCGGGUACACGGAGGGCACGGUCAGGCUGAAGCCCAUCAGCAGCGAGGAACAGGAAUACGGCGACGCCGCCACGACGAUGACGGAGACGCGCGACAUGAUCCUCCCCUUCCAGAACGAGUAUCUGUACGCAGAGUUGGUCGCGCCCGACGCAGAAAAGGGAAGCAGAGGCGAGAUCCUGUGCACCGUUCCAGACCUGAUCUCCCUGGUUGGCACGGACGGGUAUGCUCUCGGGACGCAGGACCUGAGAUACGGCGUCAGGGUCAGCGUCGUCGCGUUUGUCGCGCAUCCGCAUUGGUAUACUCCUCAGGGAAUCACCACCGGUGGACCCAAGGAAUUCGGGUACGAUGGCCUCGACUUUAUUCCGCUGGGCUCCCCGUACUACGAGCCCAAGCGGGUCACCGAGGAGUUCCGGCCAAGGUGA